AUGCUUGGAGGCCUGGGGAAGCUGGCUGCUGAGGGCCUGGCCCACCGCACUGAGAAGGCCACUGGGGAAGUCGUUCAUGCUGUGGAGGAAGUGGUGAAGGAGGUGGUGGGACAUGCCAAAGAGGCUGGAGAGAAAGCUGUUGCUGACGCUUUAAAGAAAGCCCAUGAAGCAGGGGACAAAGUGGUGAAGGAAGCCACUGAGGCAGUGACCAGCACAGUCACAAAAGCCGUCACGCACGCAGCAGAGGGCCUGGGCAAACUGGGAUAG